UUGGCCAUGAAGAUUUUAAUUAGCUUGCAACUUUUAGGCUUGACGUUAUUGUGUGUUGGCAUCUUCCAUUGCCAAGCUUGGCCUCGUUAUACUUUUGUGGUGGAAGAAACUCCAUACAGAAGACUGUGUAGCACAAAAAACAUAUUGACCGUAAACGGUCAGUUUCCUGGACCAACACUGUAUGCUCGCACGGGAGAUACUAUCAUCGUCGAUGUCUAUAACAAGGGCAAUCGUAACAUUACUAUCCACUGGCAUGGAGCUAAGCAACCAAGGAAUCCAUGGUCGGACGGUCCUGAUUAUAUCACGCAGUGCCCAAUCCAACCAGGAGGCAGGUUUACCCAAACUAUCAUAUUUUCCUCAGAGGAAGGCACGCUAUGGUGGCAUGCUCAUAGUGAGUGGGAUCGAGCCACCGUCCACGGCGCUAUAGUCAUCUACCCCAAGAAAGGAGCCACUUACCCUUUCCCCAAGCCUCAUGCAGAAUUUCCAAUCAUUUUAGGGGAGUGGUGGAAGGAAGAUAUAGGACAGCUUUAUAAUGAAACUAUUCAAAGUGGAGGGGACCCUAACAUUUCCAAUGCUUUCCUCAUCAAUGGUCAACCUGGCGAUCUUUAUCCUUGCUCAAAACCAGACACAGUCAAGCUGAUGGUUGAUUAUGGGAAGACCUACCUGCUAAGGCUAAUCAAUUCAGCUGUGCAAGAGAUUCUGUUUUUCUCGAUUGCCAAUCACAAGGUCACGGUUGUGGGCUCAGAUGCUAGCUACACCAAGCCAUUUUCAUCAGAUUAUGUCACAAUAUCACCCGGCCAAACCAUUGACCUCUUGUUCACUGCUGACCAGAGCCCCAACCACUACUACAUUGCUGCUAAAGCCUACGUUGGUGGGGCUGGGAUUGUUUAUGACAACACAACCACCACCGCCAUACUACAAUACAAUGGAAAUUAUACCUCAACUUCAACCCCUUCCUUUCCUAAUCUUCCUUCCCAUAACGACACCAAAGCAUCGGUUCAUUUUACUGGUAGUCUCAGAAGUCUAGCUGAUCAAAACCACCCAGUUGACGUGCCGCGCGAGAUAACAACUUCAUUGUUUUACACACUUUCUGUCAACACACUACCAUGCCUAAAAAAUUCAUGUGCAGGGCCUAAUGGGACACGUCUGGCCGCUAGCGUCAACAACAUUAGCUUUGUCGACCCCAGCAUUGACAUAUUGCAGGCUUACUAUUACCAUGUCAAUGGGGCAUUUGGAACUCGAUUUCCGAAUUUCCCACCUUUUCUGUUUAAUUUUACUGCUCAGGACUUGCCAUUGUACUUACAGACCCCGAAACAGGGGACGGAAGUGAAGAUACUGGAGUACAACGCGACGGUGGAGAUUGUGUUUCAGGGGACAAAUUUGGUUGCAGGGGAUGACCACCCAAUGCAUCUCCAUGGAUUCAGUUUC